UAUUCAUAUUGGGUCGCCAAGUAACUUACCUCUAUGAUAAAUUGAUAACAUAUUGUCUACGUCACUGAUAAACAGCCAUAUCAGAGGUUGUGUGAGACUAUAGUUUCAAGUUAUUAAGUUUUUUUUGUCUAGUAUAUGAUAGUCUUGUCAUCCGACAUAGCUAUACCAGUAGGCAACAAUCUGUGCUUUUUUAAAAUUGAAAUAUGGCUUUAUCAAAACCAAUUAUGUCAUUGUUGACGACAUAUUUACAAAAUCUGUAUUUAUAUCCUGUUCGGACUAAAUCCAUCACAAGUUGCGCUCUAGGAACGACAGCCAGCAUCGCAUCCCAGCUUAUGGCAGGAGAUACAGUUAAGCUAGAUCCAGUGCUAGCUUUUGGUUUCUAUGGAUUACUUUUCGGCGGGUCGAUACCACAUUACUUCUAUGAAUUUUUAGAAAGAUUAUUCCCCGAAGAAGUUGUCGCUUUUCCUUUAGCAAAAAAAUUGUUAUUCGAGAGAUUACUUUUCGCUCCAUUCAUACAAGCUUUCUCUCUGUAUACAUUAGCAAGGUUUGAAGGUAAAAAUCAUGCGGCCGCCGUGAAGCAACUGUACGCUCUGUAUUUGCCUGUACUUACUGCAAACUGGAAAUGGCUUACCUUGUUCCAAAUAAUUAAUCUGGCAUUCGUGCCCCCAAUGGUGAGUAUACUAUACUUUCUUUUUGGAACUAGUUUUUUAUCCGAUAGUUACAUAAAUAUUUCUCGGCAUAAUAGUCUUAUCGAGAGAUAACUUUUACAGCAUAAUAAUAAUGAUGUCGCAAAUAACAAGUUUAUCAAAAUCAUACGCAAUGAGUAGGACAUUUAAGAUAAUUGUAUCAUUUUAUAAACGAGAUUGAGAAUUGUUUGCAUAAUUAGUAGGUGCUUGUGUAGCACUAUAUUCUGUUAUUGUUUUACUAAAACGAUUAAACGGCUCUGGCAUGUUGGAGUGCAAAGCACUUUCUUAGAAAAUACUAACCGACAUUAGAUAGUAUAGUUAUAGAGCAUUAACUUAUAAAUGCCAUUGGAUCGGCGAUGCGGAGGUUAAACAAUUUUCAUAGAGACCGGUUAAAGUAUGGGUGACCAAAAGUUUAUUAUCUCAAGUUCUUCUGUUUCUGAAGUCGCAUUAAAGCGUUCGUCCCGGCUGCAUUUGCAGUCGUAACAUCAAUUCUUUUGAUUGAGAUAGAAUGUGAAAAUUAGAAAAUUAAUGAAAAUUAUUUCACCUACACAGGAAGCCAUAUAUCACUCGCGGGUGACAGGCAAACUUAAAGCGGGCAAACAACUAAUGUCUCAAAUAAUUAUGUUUUAAUUUUGUUUUAGUUGCGAGUUCUCUUCAUGAAUUUGGUUGGUUUGGGCUGGGCCAUAUUCUUAGCCAAUAAACGACGCCAAAAUCAAAAGAAGCAAUAAGUUAAUUUUAAAAUAAUUAUUGUGUUGGUGCUUGGUUUAAAACACAUGUGAAGCAUAAUGUGGUGUAAUGGUGGACCAUUUUUAAUACAUACACAAUUUAUAAGACUGGUAUUAAUAGGUACGAGUGAUUCAAUCUCGAUCAAGUAUAUUGUCAUUGGUGUAUUGUAAAUAUGUAAUUUUAUAUCAAACAAAUGUCAUCUUAAGACAAGUAAGUAGGUAGUUAAAAGUAAAUUUCCACUUUCUUUACUUAGGUACUUUAUUAUUUUGACAACAGCGAUUGAAAUAAUUUGUUAUUUUUUUAUAUAUAUAUUGUGAAUUAUUCUAAUACUUCUAUUUAACUAUGUUCAAAUCUGCAAAAUCAAUUCUUCGGUCUGCAUGCUUAAAUUUAUUUUAAGACAAAACUAAUAUAUUUUAUAUAUUAAAAUUUGAUA